AUGGAUCCCAACAAAGUUGAAAUUAGUCGUCUUGAGGCACUUCCUCAAGAUCUACUCAGAGAAAUAGUUGCCAAAAUAGGGGUAAAAUCCGCUGAAGAUUAUCACAAUUGCAUCCUUUCAUGCAAAGAACUAGGUGCAUCAGCAAACGAUGAACGCGUGCUCAAAACCCUUAAUCUUGCUCUGUUGGUGAAGAAACCGUUAUCAUGCCGCAAACACCUUCUUAUUAUGAAGAAAUGUCUUGCCAACAACAACCCGGAUGCUCACUACAUAAAAGGUAUAAUAUGGUACUUUAACCUUGAUCAUUGUGACGUUGAUCUCCACCAUAUUGGCAUAGCAGCUAACGGAGGCCAGAAAGAAGCAAUCUACAUGUAUGCCAUGCUAUUAUUAUGUAGAGGAAGAACUGAAGAGGGAAAAACCUAUAUGAGCCAACUUGAAUGGGCUAAGACACCACCAUGGCUGAAACGUGUUGGAAACAAAUCAAAACUUCACUAAAUGGGAUUAGAGUGGCGAGAAAAAGAUGCUACAUGAUAUCACUUUGCAACAUGAAACCCCCCGACGUGUGCCAUCCAAGAGAUUUGGACAACACAUGUGAGAAAUGUUUUUUCUACAAACAAAUGUUUAAGUUUAUUUUUAUGGUAUAACUUAAACAAAACAUCUAGAGAGUUGGAAACUGUUUUUAAAAAAUUCCCUAUAAUGUUUGAGGCAGUGAACUAUCACAAAGACUCAAAACAAAGUUAUUACUCUUAUUUCUUUUGCUUUAAUGUGUGUCUUUCCUUGCUGUUGUAAGGAAAUUUAUAUUUUCAAUAAAAUCCAAUUUUUAAUU